GGCGCCGUAUGCUGCGACUCGGCUUCGGUUGAUGAUCAGCUGCAAUUGAACAAGCGGCAUCAUGUGGGUGCGUCGGCGCCUACUAAAUCUGACAUUCCUUGCUUCGCACCCACACAGUUCUCGUCCUUCUAAGCUCCAAUUAUCAGCAUCCAUGUUGAUGGAGCACCGGAAAGUCCCCCGUACCUAGACUUCUUGAAGUCACAUCAGAAGGUUCUUACGCAAAUGUAUAUCGAAUUUCAGCUCGUAUCCUGUAGAAGCCCCCAUCGGAGGCAUAAACCUUAACAGAUAUAAAGGUAGCGGCGAUGGGCUUCAUUGCUCUUCGACAACCCUGCUCAAUUCCAUCAUGCACAAUUCCAGUACCCAAUCGCCAGGAACCGUCGAUGAAAAGACUGCAGACGAAUCUACGGCAGGACAGCGGGCAGACAAAAACAACAGAGAUGCCGAUAUACAGGCUACCCUCGCUGCGGAUUACCCUGACGGCGGAUGGAGGGCAUGGUUAGUUGUGCUUGGGGCAAUGUGCAGCGCAUUUUCGACUUUCGGUUAUGUAAAUGCAUGGGGUGUGUUUCAAGCCUACUACGAGGAGGGUCUUUUGUCACACUCUAGUGCCUCUACAAUCGCGUGGAUAGGAUCCAUACAGUAUUCCCUCGUCUUCUUGCCUGGUUUGGUCACUGGUCGAAUGUUCGAUCUUGGAUAUUUCAAGAUACCCUAUUUUCUCGCUAGCAUUCUUCUUGUAGGGGCCACAUUUCUCGUAGGUGAAUGCACCAAAUACUGGCAGCUUCUGCUCUGUCAAGGAUUUGCCAUCGGACUUUCAUGUGGAAUGGUAUUUGGUCCAACCAAUAGUAUCAUCGGCCAUUGGUUCCGGCGCAAGAGGGGCCUUGCUAUGGGCUUAGCAGCCUGCGGCUCUUCUGUCGGGGGAACUGUAUUCCCAAUUGCCGCACGCAUGCUUAUACCCGCCGUUGGACUUCCAUGGACCAUGCGGAUCAUCGGGUUCAUACUCAUAUUAAGUACUGGGAUAGCAAACUUGACUCUAGAACGACGCCUCCCUCCUGUACGUGUUAAGGGAGGACUUGCGAACCUGGACGCUUUUAAGAGCGUUCCAUACACUAUUUACUGCAUUUCAGGUUUCACGACAUUUCUUGGACUAUACACUGUCUUGACAUACAUCGACAUCAGUUCCAUAUCAGUUGGUAUAUCUUCUGAUUUCUCGUUCUAUCUUGUCUCUAUCGCCAAUGCCGGUACGCAUCUCUUUUUUAUGUUUGAAUUGAUUCUGAGCCUUAAAUCAGCAUCGGGUGCUGUGAAUUAUAUGGCUCCCGUAACUCUCGCAGCCGGCUUGCUGACAUAUGCCUGGCCAUUUGCACGAGACAAACCUUCUAUCAUUGCUAUUUGCAAUACUUACGGCUUUACCAAUGGUGCUUACAUUUCGUCGUUUUUGAUACCUAUCUUUGAGCUCGGUGAUAUGGACGACCUCGGAAGAAGACUGGGAAUGGCCAUGACCAUCGCUGCGUCUGGUGCAUUAGCUGGUCCGCCGAUUUCUGGCGCAAUAUACAGUGCAACCGGAGGAUUCGAAGCAGUCGGAUACAUGCAGGUGCUUCACACUAUAGUUCUCACCGUGGUGUUGAUGCUUAUAGUUCGUCAUCUAGUGCUCGGAAGGUUGGUAGGAAAGUUUUAGGUAUGACAUUACCAUGCAGCUUCCUCUCAGAAUGUCGGCUAUGACUGCUUUUAUGUUCCACUUUUUCUCUCACGUUGUCAUAAAUUAUGUGCGUAGAUAUUUUUGCAAAGGCACGCGACAGGACUAGAUGUAUCAUUCACCGCAACUAUGUAUAUAGAUGUACUUUCAGACGUAAUCAGACGAGUUGAUAUGACAU